CAGCGCGCAGUCUAGAUAGGUGCACAGUUUAAAAUGCCGGCUCAAUUGUCUGUUUUCUGAACGAUGGAUCUACGCUACUUUGCUAUAACAAACGAGAAACAUAUCGUCUGGCAUCGGUCGUUCUCAAAACGUAGCUUUGAAGAUGUGGUACUUAAAUAUCUGUUAUGUAAUCCUCCAGAUCAAGAUAUAUACUAUAGCGAAGGGGAUUUCUCUCUUCACUGCCUGACUGUUUCAGGACUUUCCUUUAUCGCGGUAACCGAUCGAAAUGCUUCUCGACAAAAAUUUCGGAACUUGGUUGUAGAGGUUUCUCGCAAUUUUCUAAGCGAUGGUACAAGAUUUCAAAGGGCUAAAAGUGGUGGUAAAGAUUGUUUACAACAGUCUUAUAAUAUAACCUUGGAAGAUUUGAUGGAAUCACCCAACUCUUCUAAGGGAAAUGAUUCUUUGGACCAGUUACGUAAUAAUGUGAAUACUGUAACAGCUGUAAUGCAAGAGAAUACUAGACUAGCGCUUCAACGAGGUGAUCGGUUAAACAAUUUGGUCAGUAAAACAGAUGAACUUGCAGCCAGCUUUCAUCCUUUGAGCCGGAUAAUUGAACCUUGAAGCAUUCGUUGUUCUUCUAAACAACAUCAUCAACAUAAACUUCAGGUAGUUUACGUUGGAAAUGUUGUCCAGGAGAACUAUGAAGACUUCAUGGUACAAUCAUUUAAUUCAGAAAACGUAAUUUUACCUGAUCUUCUCUCCCAUUUUUAUACGUCAAUUAUCCUUCUGUAAUCCAGCUAAUGAAUUUAUCUCAAUAUAUAUUCAAUACUUGCACUUUUAUUUCAUUUUUGACUCAAGUUAACUAUUAUCUGUACAGAAAUGUAGGUUGUAACAUUUACUUCCUAACUUAGUGCUUGUAAAUGUAUAAACAAAAAAGCAAUACUUGCAGAUAUUAAUUUACUUUGUUUAUUGUUUUUCUCCUCGAUCGAUUACUCCCUCACUCACACAUGCACACUAUGUCUUUCUGUUAGUAUACAACCUUUUUCUCUUCGCAUUGUAAGUUGUUCUGUCAAGGCAACGCAUUUUGUUUUCCUUCGCAACCGAUUUCUUCUGAAAUUUAGUACAGGGUCGUAUGUCACGGCUAUUGUUCUAUACAUUCAUUUAUAUGUAGAUUUCUUUUGCUCAUAAUAAUAUAGAAAUUUGUUGUAUCUUGUGUAUUCUAGUUUUGCUUUUAUCGUUCUCCUUUGAGAGCAUAAUUUAUUUAAGGGAAAAUUAUUAUAGAUAAGGCAAUGUUCGCUUUCAUAUUGAAUACUAUGAUUUUUGUAUUAGAACUGUUCAAUUAGUCGAUGACUCGACAGUUCUGUGAAUUGUGAGGAAAAUAGUACUUGAACAUUGUUGGGCCCUUUAUGUGUUAGUGUAACUGUUUCAUAGAAAAAGGCGAACCGUAAUCCACUCUCAUUCCACAAAACACAAAGUAACAGUCCAACUGGUCUUGAACUACUCUUCAGUUACCCACUAUUUCCAGACAACCUCAAUAGAAAAUUGACAUAUCUUACAACUAUUACCAAAGUUGAUAAGGCCAUGUUCAACUCGAAGAAAGACUAAUGAUUUAUUUUUAUAUUUCCCUAUGUAUAAACUCACAAAAAUUAUUCAAAAUCGUUUUUCUUCAGGCUAAUCAAUUCCAAACAACUGCUACAAAGGUGGCCCGAAAAACUUGGUGGGAAAAUUUUCGUAUGAAAUUAAUUAUUGUUGGCGUUGUCGGUGGCAUACUUCUGGUAAUUGUGAUAAUUAUACUCUGGCAGACUGGAGUGUUCAAUAGCAAAUCGCAACACCAGUAAUAAUAGCAACAGUAAAUAAUUCACUUCAUAUUGUUUAUUACAUGGAACAGAAAAUACAAAGAAACACCCAUAUUAAAAUUAGGUGAGAUAUUCGAUGUGUUUUUUUACUGGACAAAUUUAUACAACACUUAUUCCAUUCAAACGUCUUGUUAAAAUUUCCAUUUUCUUUACUGCGACAUGUUUUCCUUUUUGUCCCUCGUGACAGAUAAAUUUUACAAAU